AUGGUUGGGGCCGGAGGCCACGCCCCCUUGGCGGCGCUCCCGGCGGUCGGUCCUCCGCCGCUCGAGCCCCCAAGUGCAGCUCGCUCGCCCGGGGCGCAUCCGGGCCUUCUUCUCGCCGCCUUCCCGCUCGGUCGGCCCGCAACUAGGCGAUCCCCGACCCCCUUCUUCAUGGCGUCGCUUCUGUGCUGUGGGCCCAAGCUGGCCGCCUGCGGCAUCGUCCUCAGCGCCUGGGGAGUGAUCAUGUUGAUAAUGCUUGGAAUCUUUUUCAAUGUCCAUUCCGCUGUGCUAAUCGAGGACGUUCCUUUCACCGAGAAAGAUUUUGAGAAAGACCCUCAGAAAAUAUAUGAACUUUACGAGCGAGUCAGCUACAACUGUUUCAUCGCCGCGGGCCUUUACCUCCUCCUGGGAGGCUUCUCUUUCUGCCAAGUUCGGCUCAAUAAGCGCAAGGAAUACAUGGUGCGCUAG